GACAAAACUCCCAGGAAGCGCUCCGGUACCUCUGGUCUUCUCUGCCGGCGUGAGGGAAGCAGCACUGCCCAGAAAACCCACACAUACAACCGCUACACACUACCAGAGCCGUCAAAGGAAGAAAAAACAAACAAGGCCAGUCUAGCCUAAGCAGUCAUGUCGGCCAAAGCCAUCUCCGAGCAGACGGGAAAGGAGUUCCUCUACAAGCACAUCUGCACAUCGGCUGCCGUCCAGAACAGAUUCCGCUAUGCCAACGUGACGCCCGACACCGACUUCGACCGACUGGUGCAGGAGCACCCGUGGCUGCUCACAGAGAGACUGGUGGUGAAGCCAGACCAGCUGAUCAAGAGGCGAGGGAAGCUGGGCCUGGUCGGCGUCAACCUGGACCUGAAUGGCGUCAGAGAGUGGCUGAAGCCCCGUCUCAUGAGAGAAGCGACAGUGGGAAAAGCCAAAGGCGUUCUCAAGAACUUCCUCAUCGAGCCAUUUGUCCCCCAUAAACAGGAGGAGGAGUUCUACGUGUGCAUCUACGCCGCCCGGGAAGGCGAUUAUGUGCUGUUCCACCAUGAGGGAGGGGUGGAUGUGGGAGAUGUGGAUGCCAAGGCCAAGAAGCUGCUGAUUGGGGUGGAUGAAAAAAUCAGUGAAGACUCUGUGAAGAAAGAGCUGCUGACUCACGUGCCCAACGACAAGAAAGCGGUGCUGGCCAGCUUCAUUGUCGGGCUCUUCAACCUGUAUGAGGACCUGUUCUUCACAUACCUGGAGAUCAACCCACUGGUGGUAACAAAAGAUGGAGUUUACGUGCUGGACAUGGCAGCCAAGAUUGAUGCCACAGCUGACUACAUCUGCAAGGCCAAGUGGGGUGAUGUGGAGUUCCCUCCACCCUUCGGCAGGGAGGCUUAUCCUGAGGAGGCCUAUAUUGCAGACCUUGAUGCCAAGAGUGGUGCCAGCCUCAAGCUGACCCUGCUUAACCCCCGAGGAAGGAUCUGGACCAUGGUGGCAGGAGGAGGCGCCUCAGUGGUGUACAGUGACACAAUCUGUGACCUGGGUGGCGUCAACGAGCUGGCCAAUUAUGGGGAGUAUUCAGGAGCACCAAGCGAACAGCAGACCUAUGACUACGCCAAGACUAUCCUGUCUCUGAUGACCAGAGAGAAGCACCCUGAUGGAAAGGUUUUGAUCAUUGGGGGAAGCAUUGCAAACUUCACAAAUGUUGCAGCAACAUUUAAGGGGAUUGUUCGAGCCAUCAGAGACUAUCAGGUGCCACUGAAGGAGCAUGAGGUCACAAUUUUUGUCCGUCGCGGAGGCCCCAACUACCAGGAAGGUCUCAGGGUGAUGGGAGAAGUUGGAAAGACCACUGGGAUCCCCAUCCAUGUUUUUGGCACAGAAACUCACAUGACUGCCAUUGUUGGCAUGGCACUGGGCCACCGGCCAAUCCCCAACCAGCCUCCUGUUGCUGCCCACACUGCCAACUUCCUCCUCAACACCAGCGGCAGCACAUCGACUCCAGCAUCCAGCAGAACUGCUUCUUUCUCUGAAAACAGAGCCAGAGUUGAGGGCUCACCAGCCAAGAAGGCCAAAGCUGGAGCUCCCAUCGCUAAGGCAACUACCCUCUUCAACAAACACACCAAGUCCAUAGUGUGGGGUAUGCAGACUCGGGCAGUACAGGGUAUGCUGGACUUUGACUAUGUCUGCUCCAGAGAUGAGCCAUCUGUCGCAGGCAUGGUCUACCCGUUCACUGGGGACCACAAGCAGAAGUUCUACUGGGGCCAUAAAGAGAUCCUCCUCCCUGUGUAUAAGAACAUGAGUGACGCCAUGAAGAAGCACCCAGAUGUGGACGUGCUCAUCAGCUUUGCCUCUUUGCGUUCAGCCUUUGAUAGCACCAUGGAGACCAUGCAGUACCCACAGAUUCACACCAUUGCAAUCAUCGCAGAGGGAAUCCCUGAGGCCCACACCAGGAAGAUCAUCAAGGCAGCAGAUGAGAAGGGUGUCACAAUCAUUGGACCAGCAACUGUUGGAGGAAUCAAGCCAGGCUGCUUCAAAAUCGGGAACACAGGAGGCAUGCUGGAUAACAUCCUCGCCUCCAAGCUCUAUCGUCCAGGCAGUGUGGCCUAUGUGUCCCGCUCAGGCGGCAUGUCCAAUGAGCUCAACAACAUAAUCUCCCGCACCACCGACGGUGUUUUUGAAGGUGUUGCCAUCGGUGGGGACAGAUACCCAGGCUCAGUGUUCACUGACCAUGUGCUGCGUUACCAAGACACUCCUGGAGUAAAGAUGAUCGUUGUGCUGGGAGAGAUCGGAGGCACAGAGGAGUACAAGAUCUGCCAGGCUAUAAAACAGGGCAGGAUCACAAAGCCAGUGGUGUGCUGGUGUAUCGGCACCUGUGCCACUAUGUUCUCCUCAGAGGUUCAGUUCGGCCACGCAGGAGCCUGUGCCAACCAGGCCUCUGAGACAGCAGUGGCUAAGAACAAGGCUCUGAAGGAGGCUGGAGCCUUCGUCCCCAAGAGCUUUGAUGAGCUUGGAGAAAUUAUUAGUUCUGUUUAUGAUGACCUCGUUGCCAAAGGAGUUAUCCAGCCAGCUGAAGAGAUGCCUCCUCCCACUGUGCCAAUGGAUUACUCCUGGGCACGAGAGCUGGGUCUGAUCCGUAAGCCCGCUUCCUUCAUGACCAGUAUCUGUGACGAGAGGGGUCAGGAGCUCAUCUACGCAGGCAUGCCCAUCACUGAGGUCUUCAAGUCGGAAAUAGGCCUGGGAGGAACUCUGGGGCUUCUCUGGUUCCAAAGGAGGCUGCCAAGGUAUGCCUGCCAGUUCAUCGAGAUGUGCCUGAUGGUGACUGCUGAUCAUGGCCCAGCUGUUUCCGGUGCCCACAACACUAUUGUCUGUGCUCGAGCUGGCAAAGAUCUCAUCUCCAGCCUCACCUCCGGACUUCUCACUAUCGGUGACCGCUUUGGAGGUGCUCUGGAUGCUGCAGCAAAACAGUUCAGCAAGGCAUUCGACAGUGGCAUGCUGCCAAUGGAGUUUGUAAACAAGAUGAAGAAGGAUGGAAAGCUGAUCAUGGGCAUUGGACACAGAGUCAAGUCGAUUAACAAUCCAGACAUGAGAGUCCAGAUCUUGAAGGACUUUGUGAAGCAGCACUUCCCCUCCACCCAGCUGCUGGACUACGCCCUUGAUGUAGAAAAGAUCACCACAUCCAAAAAACCCAACUUGAUCCUGAAUGUGGAUGGCUUCAUCGGUGUGGCCUUUGUGGACUUGCUCAGGACUUGUGGUGGUUUCACACGGGAUGAAGCUGAUGAGUUUGUUGAGAUUGGAGCUCUGAAUGGCAUCUUUGUUCUGGGACGCAGCAUGGGAUUUAUUGGACACUACCUGGACCAGAAGAGGCUGAAGCAGGGUCUGUAUCGCCACCCCUGGGAUGACAUCUCCUAUGUGCUCCCAGAACACAUGUCCAUGUAAUCAGAGGGACUACACCAGAGUGUCGGCCUCUGUCUCCUCACCCCAGCCGUCAAUACCCCGCCCAUACUGUGAUCUGUGCUCCGGAAAAAAUUGGCGUAAUAUAUAGGGAAGAUGUUACUAUUAAUAUAGCUGUAAAUUGCAAAUAUUGAACAGAAGAGUAUGUUUUUAGUUUUGGAAACCUGUCAGUGCUGCAGUUGUGUGAAUGUUAGUAAAACCUGCUAAACUGUGAAGCUCAAGUAAGACAAAAGCCAGAGACUGAUGAUGUUUUAGGGAGAUUUAAAGAUGAAUCAGACACACAGAUGAGGGCGUAUAACUGGACUUCUUAAUGACUGACCGCCAAGUACUGUUAUUUACGCCAAAUAUGUAUCAUUGUUGUAUUAACCCAGCAUGUAUCACAGACUGUUGUGUUUCUGUGCAGCUCUCAUCAUCGUGCCACCUGAGAAUCAUGAGCUUGUGACCAGGGGUGAACAUGUAACGCAUAUAAUAUGAGGACAUACUGUAGAUCAGAGCUUUAUUUAUGUAGUGGUGUAUUAAUAGCGAAAAGUAAACGGUACAAGAAUGUUAUAGUUUUGAUUUUCUUUGACGUCUUUUGACACAGUGGCAAAAGUGAAACAUCAGUCUGCUUGCUGUGGCAAACGGGACCAUUAUGAGUCAUUCCUGGCAGGUGCUGCCAAUUGCUGUACCCAGGAAAUGAUCUCUCUCAGCUAGAUAAAUAUAUGGGAGUAUUUUUCUAAAAAGGUUGAAAAGGGAGUUGAGUGUUACUAGACAUGGGAAGAAAAAUAUGUUUUUUUCCCCUCCCCAAUUAUUUAAGUGGAUUUCAUUUUUUGCCAUAAGCCCCAGGAUGCAGUUAUACUGCCACCUCCUAUGAGAUAUUAGAUUCACUGUUUUUAAGGCCUGUUCAGUCUUAAUAUUGUUUACAUAAAUGCACUAAAUCCAAUUGCAUUACGAUGAAUAACUAUUAGAGUAUUUCUGUGUUUGCACCAUAAGACAGUAAAUAAUUUUAGCAGUAAAAUCCCAUCACUUAUUUAUAGCUUUAUAUAUUUUCAUAUGAUUAAUACAUUAGGUCUUCUUUUAAUGCCAGUUUCUCUUAAAGUAGGAUUUUAAAUGCCAUUACAUGUUGCUCCAUCUAUUACUCACUGACUUCCUUAAUUUGAAUUAAACAAAUUAAUAUGACAGCAUACAAGUCUCACUUCAGGACAUUUAAUAGACCUUGCAGAGAAACUUUAUGUGGACAUCUGCUCAUAAUCAUCUGCUCAUAGACUCUGAGUGCAGGACAAAACUUCUCUUUGAAGUGAAAGGAAAAUAUCCAUUUUCCCCACAAUUUAUGAGGUCCAAUAGAAAAUGUGUGGCAGCCAUCACCUGUGUCAUCUUUUCUGUGAAUGUUACAAAACUGUAGAAAAAUUCAGUGGACAACCAGAAACCUCACCAGUGAUAUCGCAAUGUUUAUGUUUCUAACUGUCUCAAUGUGAACUGAAUGUGCCUCUAUACUGAUUUGUUGUAUGUCGACAACUGUGUAAUUGAGUUAAAUAAAAUGUAAUUAAUGUAAUGUACUA